AUGAAAGACAGUGAGGAGGUCGUUCAUGAGAACAGUGUUGAAAUAGUUCAUGAGAACAGUGAGGAGGUCAUACAUGAGAACAGUGUUGAAAUAGUUCACGAUGUCGUUCGUGAAGAAGCCAUUGCAACAAAGAAUGAGAUAAAGGAUUUCAUAGAACUUAACAAGGAGGAGUUUAAAGAAGGCUAUGAAGUGAAAAGAUGUGAAGAAGAUUUCUUGGCGUAUUUGAAGAAAAAGAGACUAAAGCCAAUGGCUCAAAAUAAGUUUCAAUCGAUGUUCGAAAAGAAACGUUUGAGCUAUGGUGGUGUAAGAAGCACAUAUUACUUUGUUAAGAAGUGA